UCAUGUAAUUACUUAUGACUACAUAAUAAAUGAUUAUUUAUUAGACGAUAAGAAAGGGAGGUAGUGAGGUCUUAAAGACUCUAUUCCAAAACAAAUGUAAGGAGCGGCUCUUUAAAAAAAUACUCAAUGUCAUAGAGGUCAUUCGAGUUGGUUUGUUUUCUUUGUUACAAAAUUGAUUAUACAUAAGUGCAGUCUUGUGAUUGGUCAAGUAGAUAGGAAGAAUAAAAGGAACGCACUUCUAUCCGGUUUCCCGCUGGCGGUGAAGAUUUAAUUCGUAUUUAUUCAUAUUAUAAAACUCCUUCAAAAUGGGUCGUAAAUUUGUGGUUGGUGGCAACUGGAAGAUGAAUGGAGACAAGAAACAAGUCACCGAAAUUGUCGAGACACUUAAAAAGGGCCCCUUGGACCCUAAUGUGGAGGUUGUAAUAGGUGUCCCUGCCAUCUAUCUGGAGUAUGUCCAAAGUAUUGUUCCCAACACAAUCAACGUUGCAGCACAAAACUGUUGGAAGGCACCAAAGGGAGCUUUCACUGGUGAAAUCUCCCCUGCUAUGAUUAAGGACAUCGGAGCUAACUGGGUGAUCCUUGGUCACUCUGAACGUAGGACCAUUUUUGGUGAGAAAGAUGAUCUUGUCGCAGAGAAAGUUGCACAUGCCCUUGAAUCUGGACUCAAGGUUAUUGCUUGCAUUGGAGAGACUCUUGAGGAAAGAGAGGCUGGAAAAACUGAAGAAGUAGUGUUCAGGCAGACUAAAGCCCUUUUACCAGCUAUCGGCAGCAACUGGGACAAGGUUGUACUAGCCUAUGAGCCUGUCUGGGCAAUUGGUACUGGCAAAACUGCCUCCCCACAGCAGGCUCAGGAUGUGCAUGCUUCACUCCGUAACUGGUUGUCAGCCAAUGCUUCUGCUGACGUUGCCAGCUCUGUGCGUAUUCAGUAUGGUGGAUCUGUGACUGCUGCCAAUGCUAAGGAGCUGGCUGCCUGCCCCGACAUUGACGGUUUUCUCGUCGGAGGAGCCAGUCUCAAACCAGAGUUCGUUGACAUCGUCAAUGCCACCCAGUAAAACAUUAGUCUGCUAGUGCAAACAUAUAUUUACUUUUUAUAAUAAUUUUGUUGUAAGGUUAAUUUAUAAAUUUAGAAACAAAUCAUGGAAAUAAAAAUAAGUGUUAACUUUUUAUUUGCUUUGGCGAAUGUUAUUGAGAUUUAUUAAAAUACAGUUACCUACUAAAAGGUUACACUAUAUUACAUUGUUUAAAAAGUUAUCAAUCUUUGUAAAAUUGCUUUUACUUCAUGUUAUACAAAAGUUGAUUUUUCCUAAAAAAACAAAAUAUAUUAUCACUUGAAAAUA